AUUAAAAAAAACAAACAUACAAAAAAAAACUUACAUAGAUCACUUCUCAGCCUUUUGUCUAAGAUCAAGUGUAAAAAGCCUUAGGUAAGACAUGCACUUGCUGCAUCUUCGUCCUUCUCCAUCAUAUUAGAUCAGGUCUUAGUUACCAUUAUUGUCACCUGCUGUAAACAUUUUGAGUUUACAUUCAACUCAGUGAGUCACAAUCCUGAAAGAGAAUUCUGAUUUAAUGGGUCUCAGGUGGCAACCCACUAUGGUAUGCUUUUAAAGCUCCUAGGCCUUUCUAACAAGCAGGCAGGCAGAACUAGGGAAGCGUAGCCCCACCCUCACUGCUCUGGCAGGCCUGUCUUGGCUCCACUGAGUUUGAAGCACUGCAGGACCCAGGACCAGGCUCCAGGACUCCUCCUGACAGGUUCAGAGGGCAGGUUUGGGGGUGGAGGCGCUUCUCUCCCAUUCUCUCCUGUUCAGGUCACUGAGGCAAGCUUCACUGCUUGAGAUCCUGGCAGAGUGUUCUCUACCCACCACCUUUCUGUAGGGUGAGCUCACCCUGGAGGUUUGGGUUUUUUGAGGUUUCUUUGAAAUCCUCUCCUGGCUGGGCCCCUGGGGUCAAGAUCAGGAUUUGGGCCAGGCAGGACACGGAGUGGGGGUGGGGAACGGGCGCAGGCAGGCUGGGCCCCCAGAGCUGCACAAUAACUGCUUUGGAGGGAGGAGGAGAGCCUGGGCAGAGAGGCUUUUGUAUUUCAUGGCCUGGCGUACCCGGUUUCCAGGGCAACCAUGGACACCAAGGUUCUGUUAGAGGUGGAAGCCAAGACCAGAGGACAGCCAAUUGACAUACAGAGCCCAGCUACCUGGGCCAAUGGGAAGUGGAGGUGGGCAGUGGGGCUGGGAGGGAUCUGAGACUGAGAAGUGCAGAGAUCUGGGCGAGUUGGAGUCCCACUGGCUGUCAGGUUCAGCAGAAGCAGGACCUGUUCCCCGCAACUCCUGCUCAGAAGGUUGUAGCAGGACCCUCAUAGCUGCCAGGUCUGCAGAGGCAGGAGAGCCUGGAAAGCUGAUCACAGAUGCACCUGCUCUGAAUGGAGUUCCUCCGGACCAGGGUUCCCAGGGAGGGGUGUGGCACCUUGGGGAGGGCCAGUCCUGUGGCCCUGCUGGCUGCCCUCAAGGCCAAUGCCCUUUCUUGGCAUCCCCUGUCACUGCUUCUCCGUGUGCAGAAAUCACCAUGGACAACAGCCUCCUAGCCAUAGUUGUGGCCACCGCCUCAUCCGCAGUGUUCAUCAUGGCCAUCCUGCUGCUGCUACUGCACCAGCGUGAGCCCCAGUGCUGCCAGGUCCUCUGCACCUGCCACUUCUUCCGGAGUCCCAGCCAACAGGACUGCCCGCCUCCCUACUUCAGCACCAUGGGACAUCACGCUGAGGUCCAGCCAGUGGAAAGGAGCCAAGAGUUCCAGGGGAUACAGGGCCACGCCCACAGGGGUGAGGUAUUCUGUGUGGGGCUGCCCAGGAGCCACCAGCUGCCCCUGUGGCAGCCAGCUCGUCUGCCCAGCUAUGAGAGUGUUCGAAAGAAGGACCGGCAGCAGCAUAUUCACCAGCUGAUUGCACAGCACUUCGGGCUCUGGGCCUGCAGAGAGCUGCCACCAAGCUAUGAGGAAGCCAUAAGGUCACUGCCUGCACCAGCGCUCCGCUGUGGCUCUACUUGGCCAUCCCAGGAAGCAGCCACCUGCCCUGCUCAGAGAAGCACCACAGUGUAGGAGGGAGCAACCACCUCUGUCCUGCUCUUGCCCUUUCUCCAGGGGACUGGAAGGGAGAGCACUGAGCCUGUGGAGACAGCCCUCAUCGAUCUCCCCUGCCUAAAGACUACCCCAGCUGGGCGUUAGUACACGAUGUCCCCACACAGGGUGCCAAAGUAAACCCCACAAAUCCCAGGUCUCCUCUGCCAAGGAUCUGCAGGAGGUGGGGAAUCCAGGGUCAUGUCCUGGGAAAACAAGAUGACAUGUUCAAGACAGACCUCCAGAACUGGGAGGCUUCUCUGACCUCCAGCCCUGGAGUGUCUGCCUUCAGGGCAGAAUCGAGUCCCUGAAAGGAAGCCACUGGACCCACAAGCCCCUCUCUGGGGCUGUAGCCAAUACCACCUACCUCCAACAGCCAGGAAUGACCAUCUAAAAACUUGAUUUUCUUCCUGGCCCUCCACUCAAAGCCAAGCCUCUAAAGGUCUUGGCUGGGAUGACAAUGAAGGCCUGGCCCCAGCCCACUCUAAGCCCUCACCAAGUAUUCCUGAAGCCAGAUUCUUUAUCGUUUGAGAUAAACCAAGAACUAGAAAAGAA